GUGCUGCUCCAGGUGCUGGGGGCGCGUCUGCGAGGAGGAAAGCGGGUUUCAAUUUCAAACCCAAAUAGUCGGAGGGACGAGCCAGUGGAUUGUGGGACAGCCUCGAUACCAAACAGUCCAUCUGCCGCGUUUAGCCGCAGAAACUGCACCGCUAACCAGCGCAGAGCCGCAUAUUUAUGCCCUGUCGUGGUUGAAACGCGCUGCCGCUGAAUCCAAAAAAAAUAAGUCGCCUCUCUGAAGCGUCUUGCUGCUCUAGGUUUUUCCGCGCCUGGCUUGAUUUGGAUGACAAACGGACACUUGGCUCGUUUGCUCGCAGGAGGUGACGGACACAGAUUUUAAAUAAAACCACUACCGUGUUUUAAUUAACGCACGCAAGGAGCCGUUUCUACCGGGAGACAUGCCGAGGUCCAACAGGCAAAAGGAAUACAAACCCGGGGAUCUGGUGUUCGCCAAGAUGAAGGGCUAUCCGCACUGGCCUGCCAGGAUUGACGAGUUGCCUGAAGGAGCCGUGAAGUCGCCCUCUAACAAGUAUCAAGUGUUCUUUUUUGGGACACAUGAGACGGCAUUCUUGGGGCCCAAGGAUUUGUUCCCGUAUGAUGAAUGCAAGGAGAAGUUUGGAAAAGCAAACAAGAGGAAAGGCUUUGCUGAGGGACUCUGGGAGAUUGAGAACAACCCCACUGUUACGCAUGAAGCCUACGAGUCAUCAAAGAAGGACAACGCGUCAGAAGGAGCAGGGGAUACAGGCAGUUCAGAGAAAGCAGAUGCUGAGGGCAGCAGCGACGAGGAUGAAGGGGCUCUGGUCAUCGAUGAGAAGAAUGAGAGGGGAGGAACUAAACGAAAAGCAGAGGAGUCCACAGAGGAAUCUCCCAAGCGGCCAAAGGAUGCAGAGGCGGAAGGUGACUCUAAAGUAGAAAGCAACAAGUCCAAUGCAGAGGCCAAGCUCAACGAUGUGGCUGGACCCAAGGCGACUGCUCCCUCCUCACUGAGCGAGUCGAAACCAGAGGCCCAGGAAAAGGCUCCAGAAGGCAGCCAGCUAACAGCAGACAAGCCUGCAACAGAUAGCGCUUAACAUCAACUCAGAAGAAAACCAAGAACCUUUGACGCUUCUCUCUGGAAUUCAAGCAUCAACAUGAUUACCUGCUGGAUGCCAGAUUUCAGCUGUUUAAUUAAUAGGAGAAUUUUAAAAGAAACUUAAGUGUUUGUAUUGAGAGACAAACAAAUCCUCAUUUGCCAUUUCUGGAAUAUCAUAUAUCCCAGAGACAAAAAAGUUUGCUAAUCUGAUUUCAAACAAUUGAACUGAGCACUUUAAGGCUCAUUUAUAAAUGGGAUUUUGGUGUGUAUAUAUUUUUUAUUUCUAAGUGCAAUUACAUAAUUACAAAGACUGAAUGCUAGGUGUCAAAACAUUUUUCAGUUCAGAGGGAAUAAACACUGAAUAUAUCAUAAAUACGAAAGAAGAAGAAGAUUUAAAUCACAAUAAAAAGAUAAAUUUAUUUGACAAAUACUCCCAUUUGAUGAUUUUAAAACGUAGAUAUUGUACAGGAAAAAGAAGCGAUUUUCACCCACAUACUCAGCUUUAGUUCAUGAAAUAACUUUCACUUCCAUUUGUAUCACCUAGCUUCUCAGCCUCAUUUAAAUCAUUUAUUCAGCCAUUGGAUACAUGAUGAGUUGCACUUUCAGAGUUUUCUUUUUCUGCCCCAUUAAUCAUCGUCUACUUCACUCUGACAGUUUUAUGCAACGCAGGUUUAGGUGUGUAUAAGCUUCAUUGCAGGUGACCAAAUUAUGUGAUUCAUUUCACAGGAUCCCAUACGUGGACUACUUAGCUUUUGAACAUAUGGAUUACGUAAACCCCAUUUGAGAAGAACUAUUGUAGGAUUUAAGCUGUUACUUCCUGUUAAAGUAAACCCCUCUGUAGCUUGUUUAUCUCAUCAUGUGCAUUGUUGAAAGACAUUCCUGAAUGUUGUUGUGUUUGAGCUCGAUCUUGAAACAUUAAAAGUGGAGGUGGCUCAGUGGUGAUCGCUGCAGGGGAAAGGUUGUUUGUGGCCACCUUCUUCUGGGGAAAUCAUUUGGCAAACUCUUUCGAAACCAUUAAUUCUCAGUUACAUGUUAAUAAUAAAAUGUCAUAUUUAGCUCACAUUUGUGCCGCGACUGGCUUGAUACUGGAGAUGUAACGGCCAAGUACGUUUGAUUGCACUCAGUAAAUUAUUCAUGCCAACGUGAUCGACUCAAAGAACAGACAGAUGUGUUUGACUCUGGUUUCUGACUUUUUGGUUUCCCACCCUCUUAACUGGAAUAUGAGUCUGUUUUACUUCAGUGGUCUUAUUAUUUUGAAUGUGAAACAAAGUUGUGAUGUUUUAAAGACGUGUUUUAUUCAACCAUCUGUUCGGACAUAUUCAAAAAAAUUAUGAUGUUGUCAUUUUCCACUAUGGAUAAUUUUGGUGCGAAACUCGAUCCAAGUGUUCAAGCCUUUUCACCAUGUUACUUGAAUGUCAUUGUCAUCGCUUCGGUGUUCUUUCAGGUAUUUUUGCAACAUUUAGCCUGCAGUUCAUCACAUUAUGUACUAAAAGUAAUUCUGAAUGUUGUGUCUGAGACGGCCACCUUCCCUUCACCGCGCCGCUGAUUUCAAAAUACAAAAUGGUCAAAGCUCCAAACGCCACUUCAGAUCUGCAGUUAGUUCCAAGGGUUUAAUUUGGCAUUAGAGUGUAAUUUUUGGUUUAGCUUUCUCUGUUACUUUCGGAAGCUGCCAUUCAUCUUAAUCUGCUGCUUAGUUUACUAUUGUAGUUGCCAGUCCAUUUAAUAAACAUGUUGAUUACAAAAAAA